AGCAAUGGAGGUGAAAAUAUCAAAAAAUAAAAAACAAGUUAAGCAACGGGUACGAUAAUGGGUUGGACAACGCGAUAAUCUUGUCGACGGGAACGAAUGCUGACUUUUUAAGAAAUAAAAAAAAACCCGAACGAAUUUUUAAGGUCGCUUUGUAACAGCAGUAGAAUGAAGUUUGUUAUUGUGAUAGCCUUCAUCUUCAUAGGAUCAGCCUUGGCCAUUUACCAAGGUGAUGACGCUCUACUUGGGGAAUUCCCAUACACGGUUUCUCUGACUCACUUUGACGAACACAUCUGCGGCGGAUUCGUCUACAGUAACUAUUUCGUCCUCACAGCGGCCUCCUGCUUGAUAGGGAGAUCGGAAUGGGAUGUAGCGGUGGUCAUCGCCCAAUAUUCACUAAUCCUGCAGGAUCCGGAGGAGAACCGCAUUCAGGCGCGUACCUUCUACAUCAAUCCAGAGUACAAUGAAACGUACCGCACCAACGAUCUAGCGCUCAUCAAGUUGAAUCAACCAAUAACUUACGGGCUCUACGUCAACUUCAGUUAUUACGACGAAGUGAAUGACACCUAUACUUCCGCCGAGGUCAUGGGCUGGGGUGCAAUUAUGGAUGGCGGACCCCCAUCUACGAAAUUACGAAAAGCCAUUGUGAGUCUUCCGGCCGAUUGUCAGUCUUACGGAAUUGAAGAGUUCGUAUUCAACACAAUGAUCUGCGCUGGCAUCCAUGGUUUAGGGCAGGACAGAUCGAGUCCGUGCGAAUUUGACCAAGGAUCACCUCUGGUUCAGGGCGACUACGUCGUUGGAAUUGCAUCUAAAAAUCGCGGAUGUGGCGGCAAUUUCGCUCCGACCAUCUAUACUCGACUGGCCGCCUUUUACCCAUGGAUAUCAAACGUUGCCGGAAAACAACCGAUUCCACCAUCGAUGGAUAUGGGAGACUAUUAAAAAACGAUAAGCGUUCCUGUACAUUGUAAACAUAAAAGCCCCUAUAUCAUACGUAUUUGAGUCCCAUAACACGCAUGAAUUUCAAUGUUAUAUUGCAACCGAAUGUCUUUUUUGGGGGAGGAUUCUAAUACACAAAAAUGCAAG